AGUGACAGUGCAUGUUUGUGUUUGCAGUGAUAUUGACCUCGGUUGGUUUUACAAAGUUUUCAUCUCAGUUCCUUUAGUUUCCUAUGAACAAUUACAAUGGAAGGUUCAAGUUCUAAGGAUAGUUCAGUAGCUUCGAGUCCUUUUUCUUCACCCAAUGUCAGUGCCCUGCUCAAGAUUAAGAUCAUUUCAUGGUGCCAAGAAACUGGACUUCCUCUUUCAAUUCGUGUUCGAGUAGGCGAAAGAACCUUCAGCCUGCAUAAGCAUCCAUUGUUUUCAAAGAGUGGAUACUUUCAGAAGAGAUUGACUGAAUCGAAUGAGCUUGAGUUGCCACAAGAUUUCCCUGGAGGACCUGAAACAUUCGAGAUGAUUAUAUUGUUCAUCUACGGCUCCACCACAUUGGUUGACCCCUUUAAUGUGGCGGCCCUGAGGUGUGCAGCCGAGUUUCUUGAAAUGACAGAAGAGUACUGCACCGGCAACCUCUGCGAGCGGUUCGAUCUCUAUUUGAACCAAGUGGUGUUGCAGAGUUGGGAUGACACAUUGAUUGUUCUCCAGAAAUGUCAAAUGUUGCUCCCCUGGUCCGAGGAGCUGUUAAUCGUGAGCCGGUGCAUCGAGUCCUUGGCCUUUAUGGCCUGCAUGGAGAUUCUUGAUCCAGAGAGGAGAAGGGACAAACCAGUUGUUAUAUUGGAAGCAUUGACUGGUGAGGCUUGGAACAGUGAAACAGUGAAAGCAAUAGCGAGCAAGGACUUAUGGAUCAAGGAUCUCAUAGCCCUACCAUUUGGAUUCUUCAAAAGGAUAAUUGGGUCCUUAAGAAGGCAAGGAAUGAAAGAAAAAUAUGUGACUCCCAUCAUUGUUUUCUAUGCAAAUAAAUGGGUACUCUCCAAGAAGACUCACCAAUACUGGGAGAACUCAGGUGAGAAAAUUGCUGACAGUGACUCAGACAACAAGGUUUCUGCCAUUUUACAAAGGAUUCUUGAUUUACUGCCAAUUGGGGAGAAGGCCAGUAGGGCCAUUCCUGUUGGAUUCUACUUUGCAAUGCUUUCUAGAUCCUUAGAAUUUGGUUUAACAAGUGAUAGACAAGUGAAAUUGCAAGACCAGAUAGCAACUAUGUUACACUUUGCCCAAGUGGAAGAUUUCCUCCUCCCACAGAUUGGAACAGAGUCCAUUUCAUCAAGCAAGGAAUUGGCUACUAUGAAGACCAUAUUUUCAACUUUUGCAUCGUUUAACAUGGAGACCAACCCUUCUCCUUCAGCAAGCAACUCCAUUGUUGCAGAAUUAUGGGACACAUACCUCUCCCAUAUGGCUUCUGAUCCACAAAUGGAGCCUAAUAAGUUCAUGGAACUCCUCGAGUUAUUACCCAUAUCUUACCGUCAGACACAUGAUCAGCUUUAUAGAGCAAUGAAUAGCUACCUACAGGCACAUAGAGAUAUAACACAAGAAGAGAAGGGAUCAGUCUGCAAAUACCUAAACUGCCAAAAACUUUCACAAGAGGCAUGCAUUGAAGCAGUUCAAAAUGAGUUGAUGCCACUGCGACUGAUAGUCCAGGCUCUCUUCGUUCAACAGCUAAGCACCCACCAAGCAUUUAAAGAAUGCUCCGACUCAUUGAGGUUCACAGGUCAGUUCUCCGGCAGCCUGUCGAGCUCAAGAUGUCCGAACUCAAGACCCUUAGACCCGGGAGAAAGUCCAUACAAGGACGCAGUAGAGUCGCCAAACAGCAAACCUUUGAGCUUGUUCCUACAAGAUGACCUUCCAGCAAUGGAGAGGAACUAUGAAUCAACGAGCUUUAGACUACAGAACCUUGAACAAGAGUUAAUGUCAUUGAAAAAGAGCCUUCAAUGGCAUGAAAUGUCGAAGAAAACAAAUUCCAAUCCCAACAAAUCGCAGUGUAUCAAACCGUAUGCAUUAGAAAGAAGAUCGGGGAGCAAGAGAAAGAAUACUCUGGGAGAAGUAACGAGUUGCAUAGGCUCUGUAAAUUUUUCUUCGCAAAGGAAAUAUGCUAGUAGGUUGAUUAAGAUCUUUCGUAGAUUGUCGUUGUUUGGGAUUAGAAAAUCAAAGAGAAAGACAGGAGCUAGUGGUCUGUGGGCUAAGUCAAUCUAGCAGAUUAAAAUGUAUGAAAAACAAAAAAUCCACAAAUGCAAUGAAAAACAUUUUAAGGCAGGGCCAGUAGAUUGUAGUGUUAAUCUGAU